GUGGGGGUGGGAGGGAUUAAAUCAAACCUUCUUCGAGGACUCAGCUCUGAGUUCUCAUGGCCAAAACACGAAGGAUCAGCUCCAUGCCUGUGACUCAACUGUCCAGGAAACGUGAAAAGGAAGAGAGUACAAGACUGAAGUCGUUCUUAUAGCUUCAGCUCCACCCCCUUCCUAAUUGAAAGCAAAUGUGCAAUAUAUUGGAUGCUGGGAUCCUUGGCGCAGGCCCAGGAAUCCUCAGAAUGUGAGGUUUCUCUCAAAGGCAUCUUGCAUCAGCCUGUGGAUGUAUGCCUACCACGGGGGCUCCUUCACCGGCAAAGUGGAAAAAGAAGUGGUUCACAACAAAUUCUUCUUUUGGAGUUGGGGAAACACAUUGGAUUAUAACCGUUUUCUGCUUUUCAAAACUGGCGUCCCUGGAUGGAAAAACAAAUUGCCUUUCCAAGUUGAAUAAAACCCCAGCUCUAGCAAGCUUGCCUGUGGAUAUUGACAAACUGGUGGUAGAGUUUAUGUGGAGUUCUGAGGGUGGCAUACAUACCUGCAUCCUGGCACCAGGGAGGCUGAAGAAGUAGAGCCUGCUCAAGGGAAAUCUACAAGUGGCCUGACAUUUGAUGCUCUAGAAAGUUCUGGGGCUUGCUGCUUGGAUUCUCUUAAGAAGCUGAACUAACCGAAGAGGAGCAGGGGCCUUCUGUUUUGGAGGGUUCUGUCCUACAGAGGAUGCUCUACACCCAUUGACACUCCAGAUCCAACUCCAUCUUCCGAAAUGAUCCCGAUUCCCAGAAUGCCCCUGGUGCUGCUCCUGCUCUUGCCCAUCCUGGGUUCUGCAAAAGCUCAGGUUAAUCCAGCUUCAUGUCGCUAUCCUCUGGGCAUGUCAGGAGGCCACAUUCCAGACGAGGACAUCACAGCUUCAAGUCAGUGGUCAGAAUCCACGGCUGCCAGAUAUGGGAGGCUUGACUCUGAAGAAGGAGACGGAGCCUGGUGCCCAGAGAUCCCCGUGCAACCUGAUGACCUAAAAGAAUUUCUGCAGAUUGACUUACGUACCCUGCACUUUAUCACUCUUGUGGGGACCCAGGGACGCCAUGCAGGGGGUCAUGGCAUCGAGUUUGCGCCCAUGUACAAGAUCAACUACAGUCGAGACGGCACUCGCUGGAUCUCCUGGCGCAACCGACAUGGAGAGCAGGUGCUAGACGGAAACAGUAACCCGUAUGAUGUUUUCCUGAAGGACUUGGAGCCGCCCAUUGUAGCCAGAUUUGUCCGCCUUAUCCCAGUCACUGACCACUCCAUGAAUGUGUGCAUGAGGGUUGAGCUUUAUGGUUGUGUCUGGCUAGAUGGUUUGGUGUCUUACAAUGCUCCAGCUGGGCAGCAGUUUGUACUCCCUGGAGGCUCCAUCAUUUAUCUGAAUGAUUCUGUCUAUGAUGGAGCUGUUGGCUACAGCAUGACUGAAGGGCUAGGCCAGUUGACCGAUGGGGUAUCCGGCCUGGAUGACUUCACCCAGACCCACGAAUACCACGUGUGGCCUGGCUAUGACUACGUGGGUUGGCGGAAUGAGAGUGCUACCAAUGGCUACAUUGAGAUCAUGUUUGAAUUUGACCGAAUCAGGAACUUUACUACUAUGAAGGUCCAUUGCAACAACAUGUUUGCUAAAGGUGUGAAGAUCUUUAAGGAGGUCCAGUGUUACUUCCGCUCAGAAGCCAGUGAGUGGGAGCCCACGGCCGUCUCCUUUCCCCUCGUCCUGGAUGAUGUGAACCCCAGUGCUCGGUUUGUCACGGUGCCUCUCCACCACCGAAUGGCUAGUGCCAUCAAAUGCCAGUACCACUUUGCCGACACAUGGAUGAUGUUCAGCGAGAUCACUUUCCAGUCAGAUACUGCAAUGUAUAACAAUUCCGGAGCCUUGCCCACCUCUCCUAUGGCACCUACAACCUAUGAUCCCAUGCUUAAAGUGGAUGACAGCAACACUCGGAUCCUGAUUGGCUGCUUGGUUGCCAUCAUUUUCAUCCUGCUGGCUAUCAUUGUCAUCAUCCUGUGGAGGCAGUUCUGGCAGAAGAUGCUAGAAAAGGCCUCACGAAGAAUGCUGGAUGAUGAAAUGACAGUCAGCCUCUCCCUGCCCAGCGAGUCCAGCAUGUUCAAUAACAACCGCUCCUCGUCCCCAAGUGAGCAGGAGUCCAACUCUACUUAUGAUCGAAUCUUUCCCCUUCGCCCUGACUACCAGGAGCCGUCCAGACUCAUCCGAAAGCUCCCAGAAUUUGCUCCAGGGGAAGAGGAAUCGGCCUGCAGUGGUGUUGUGAAGCCAGCCCAGCCCAACGGACCCGAGGGGGUACCCCACUAUGCAGAAGCCGACAUAGUGAACCUCCAGGGGGUGACAGGUGGCAACACCUACUCAGUGCCUGCUGUCACCAUGGACCUGCUGUCAGGGAAGGACGUGGCUGUGGAAGAGUUCCCCAGGAAGCUGUUGGCUUUCAAGGAGAAGCUGGGAGAAGGCCAGUUUGGGGAGGUUCAUCUCUGUGAAGUGGAGGGAAUGGAAAAAUUCAAAGACAAAGAUUUUGCUCAAGAUGUCAGUGCCAACCAGCCUGUCCUGGUGGCUGUGAAGAUGCUCCGAGCAGAUGCAAACAAGAAUGCCAGGAAUGAUUUUCUUAAGGAGAUAAAGAUCAUGUCUCGGCUCAAGGACCCAAACAUCAUCCGUCUCUUAGCUGUGUGUAUCACUGAUGACCCACUCUGCAUGAUCACGGAGUACAUGGAAAAUGGAGAUCUCAACCAGUUUCUUUCCCGCCACGAGCCUCUGGGUUCUUGUUCUAGCAAUGCAACAGUCAGUUAUGCCAACCUGAAGUUUAUGGCUACCCAGAUCGCCUCUGGAAUGAAGUAUCUCUCAUCCCUUAACUUUGUCCAUCGAGAUCUGGCCACCCGGAACUGCUUAGUGGGCAAGAACUACACCAUCAAGAUAGCUGAUUUUGGAAUGAGCAGGAACCUGUACAGUGGUGACUACUACCGGAUCCAGGGCCGGGCCGUGCUCCCUAUCCGCUGGAUGUCUUGGGAAAGCAUCUUGUUGGGCAAGUUCACCACAGCAAGUGACGUGUGGGCCUUCGGGGUGACUCUGUGGGAGACUUUCACCUUUUGCCAGGAGCAGCCUUAUUCCCAGCUGUCCGAUGAGCAGGUUAUUGAGAAUACGGGAGAGUUCUUCCGAGACCAAGGGAGGCAGACUUAUCUCCCUCAACCAGCCAUUUGCCCCGACUCUGUAUAUAAGCUGAUGCUGAGCUGUUGGAGAAGAGAGACCAAGCACCGGCCAUCAUUCCAAGAAAUACACCUUCUGCUACUUCAGCAAGGGGACGAGUGAUGCCAUCAACGCCUGCCAAUGUUCCUGUGGCCCAGGUCCCUCCCACAAGACCUACAGCUCACCCACGUUUAAGCCACUUCAUCUGGACAUUUAAUGGACCUAAGAGACAGAAAAGUGUUCACUUUACCCUCUUCCUGUCUCUUGCCUCCUCCACUACACUUCCCUAUUCCCUACCACUGACUCAUAUAUACUUUUUUUUACAUGAAAUAACUAAAAAAGAAAAAAAAAUAGAGCAGAUAAAAUUUAGUAAAAUAAAUAUUACUUGAUAUAUCUAAGUGUUAGAUAAUAAAGGCUAGAAACUCAGAUAAUUUAUAAAGGUUACGCUUAUGUUUAUGAGUGUGCAGAUCCUACAAUAUUUUCCAUGUCACUUUGUAUAGAAUACCUUUAGAAAGAAAAACUUGAAGAAUACGAAUGUCUUGGGAAGCAUGAGAUUAGGCGUAAGGAAAGGACUUGGUAGCCGUGAAGAAUUGCAGGACUCGGUACUCCGCAACUAAUGGAUGUCUUUUGACUUGGCCUCUGGACUUGAGCCGCUCUCACUCUCAGAUCUCUGUCUCUGUCUCUGUCUCUGUCUCUGUCUCUGUCUCUGUCUCUGUCUCUCUCUCUUGUCAAAGUGAGUGAUGUACUUACAAGUUAAAAAGCUCUGCCUUGUUUGGGGGGAUGAAUGUUUUCUUCACUCGUGGACAGAGAUCAGGGCAUGCCUAUGAAACAGGUCACAUGGGCAGGAAGAAGUGUCUGUUGUGAGACUUGCAGGACAAUAGUUAUAUAUAGAAAAGAAAGAUUGCCUGGGAUUCUUAGUAGACAGAAUCAUAGGAAAGGAGGUCCAUGGAGGAUGGAGAGUAGCUAUACUCUGUUGUUCGCUUGUUCACUUGCUCAGCCAUUUUCACCUGUGUGCUUUAGGGACACCUAGACUUUUUAAUCAGUCAAAGCCUGAUGUUUGGAUAUUUUAGAGGCUGCUCCAGUUCAUCUCGCUCAGUUCUGUUUCUUUCACUAUGUGAUGCCACUAUGUGACCUAGAGGCUAGGAUUUGAACUUCUCAGGCAUAAAUAUCCAAUGCUGUGUACAACGUACAGUAAGUAGAUCCAUUUUGAGUGUUCCCAAAAGGCUGGCCUGGACCAUGGAAGGAAGGUAUAGGAAAACUGAUUUUCACUCUUUAUUUGGGGAAAUAUGGAGAGAAUCAGAACAUACAGGCAAGAAUGGGCUUCCCCAGAGAUGGCGAAUCUCUCAUCUCUGAAAACUUUCAGAUAUUAGCUGAAGAACUAUGCAAGAAAGAGGUUCUUGGCCACUUGUGUCUGUGUGGGGUAAUAAAAGGAUAGCCAUUCAGUGCUACUGAAUGUGCUUUUGUCAUAGAGACGGCGGCCAGCAGCAGAGCAAGAGGGGCUAGUUUCAGGAUUCGUGGAAACUGAUACACCAUCUAAUGGGAGCUGUCUAAGAGCAGAUCCUAAGUUUUCAUAUUCUAAAGACUCUCAGAUUCAUCGGGAAACUAGAAUAUAGAAACCUUAAGUCCUGUAGAGGAAAACCAAGAAGAGAUUACCAAAUAGGCUUCCCAAACUGAGAUUAAAUAGCCCCGUGGUCUGCUUCUGUUAUCUACCCAGACAGCUUGCUCUAUGGUCUCUCAGAAGCCUGGCUGUUUCUUGGUUCAGCCUUCAGAUAACUCCAGGACACAGCAGAGGUGUAGCUCUAAGUCUUAAAAUUAAUUCUCAGACCCUAUUUAGUCAUAGUGAAUUCCCCUCUCCUGUGGCUUUUGUAUCAUUUUCAGCUUUAGUCUUUCCCAAGACUAAAUUUGGGUUCAUUGAUUGGAGGAGAGGUAGGUGAAUGUUGGGUUUGGAACUCUGGCCCUCUUUCUGCCGCAAGCCAAGUAUGCCACCUUCCCAAGUCUCAUAGUCUCUCUGAAUCUGUUUCCUUAUCUGUCUAAUGAGUUAAUUGAAUUAGGCGGUCUGGAAAUGGAAAUCUCUUGGAGUUCUGCUCUGCUUUGUGCCUGCUGGAGAACUAGGUUUGUGAUUGAUGUAGGAUCAGCUACUCUCUUGCUCAGAAAAUUGUGACCAGUAAACGAGAUCCCGAGAGGCAGCACUUUUGUAACGCCACUGCCUGCCUCGUCUCUGCUCUAGGAUGCCCAGGAAUUUCCACCCGUUAUCUCAUUUGGUAUCUCUAGGGCCAGGCAAGGCUCUUUCACAACUCUUGGCUCUGUGCUCUUUAGCAUUCUGUCCCUAAUUCACUUUAUUCCUUUACCUGCUAUUUAAAAGUCGUGUUUAAAAUGAAAUUCCCUGACUUUGCAUUAUGGAACUCAUCUGUUCCAGGCGACUCUCCAAAACAUAUUAUCAUGUAUAAGCAGAAUUUUUCUUUUCUUUCUCCUUCCUUCCUUCCUUCCUUCCUUUCUUUCUUUUUUGUAUAAAGAAGGCUCUACCUUCUGGCACUGAGACCUUUGAUUUAUAGACACAGGUUUAGUUUCUAUUUAUACUUGUAGAGUUGAGCUGUACCAACCUGAGUGACCCAACAUGGUAGAUGGGUAGGGCUUACCAUAUAGACUUAACAGGUAGCUCAAAUCUAAAUUAGAGGAAUGAAGCUAGGCUUUAGGAAAAAGAACAGAAACAGACGAGAAACCGUGGGCUAUUGUUGUUUUCCGAAGUUAUUCAUGAUCAUGAUAUAUAUAUAUAUAUAUAUAUAUAUAUAUAUAUAUAUAUGAACCAUUUAUGUCAAGAUAACCUUUAGACUAUCAUAUCUCAGUUUAUACCUUUAUGGCAAAUGUAUUGAUAGGCAGGUACAUAUAUUUUUUAGUGCUGGGAAUCAAACCCAGAACUCUCACAUACUAGGCAGAGGUUCUAUUAUUGAUCUAUAGCCUCAGUAUCUAUGUUCAAAUCUUUUCCCGUUGGCCAGACAAAUAUUUCACUAAUUUAUGUUUGUGAUCUACAGUCGAAAGGAGUGUCCUUAGGGGAUCAUGCAUUGUUAAGGCUGUGAAAAAAUCACCUGAGAGUGUUCAAGGCUGUAUGACAAAAGAGGGCUGUGUGCAAGUGUGCAAGUAGUGGUUUUAAAAAGUGGUUACACAAAUGUGUGUGUGUGUGUAUGACUGAAUGGAAAGGAUGAGGUAAAGAUGAGAAAGAAGGUACCAUAAAGACAGGUAAGGAGAGAUUAUGGAAAGGCACAGGAGGAGGCAAGUCAGGCAAGGUAGAGACAGGGAUGGAGGAGGUCAUGAAAUCAAUUUUUGAUACAUGAAAGUGAACCCUUGAAAGGAGAUCUGAGCGAGAUUAGAAAAAGUGACUUGAAAAGAAUGAAGGAUGAGUAGAAGAAGAAAAACUGGGUGAGAGAGAGACCGUAUUUAUUAAAGUGAAGUCAGGGCUAUAGAAGGUAUUUUGGCAGAGUUAAGGACGGGAUGGCCUUCAUGGAUAAAGACACAUGUAGUCAUCAGGGAACGCCCUUUUCAUCUCAGGGGAAGUGGGUACAGGAGGCAGUUUGUGCUCCUGCUUCUUCUAGACCACAUCUAGUGCUGGUGGCAAGUCAAAGCUGUCUGUGCACUGGUCUUGGUGUUCCACGUGCUGUUUGGGCAUGAAGAUCUAGGAGUUUGGGAGCUUGUGGUAGUGACUUUCAAUAAUGUUCCUCUUUGCUGGACCCAGAGUGGCCCCAGUAAACAUGGAAACAAUAGGUGUAAGUUAGACAAGACUAAAUCAUGUCUGAUUUUUAAACAGAGGCAUGUGUCAUAUUAGAAACAUGUUUUUCUAGUCCCACCCAGGCAUUCCGCAAGAAAACCAGGAUGUGAGGGUAGGCCAUGUGUUUUAAGUAAAGAAGAGAAAGAGGGGAGUGUCCAGAUGAAGGGAAUAGGGGGCGAUGCUCUGAGAACAUAUACUAGAAGACAGAAGAAUAUUUUUAUCCCAAAAUACAAAAUGAAGAGAAUUGCAGUACAUUGGUUAUUAUGACUUUGAUCCUAAGUCAUAAUUCAUGGCUCUGGUGUUUUCUGUCAUAGUCCUCUUUUCUUUGUUUUGAAGCCCAUGUCCUUGGGCAUUGCAUUGGGGAAGCCCCUUACGUCUUGACAAGAUGCAGAUUCUGCUCUACUCUGGGAAAUCCUUUUGAACUGAAGUUUCAUAUUCUAGAAACAGAUGAAUGUCAUUGGCACUUAAUGAAUUAUCUGGGAUCCUGAAUUAAGAAGGAAGGAAACUGGGUAGUUAAUAAGGACUUGAUUCCAAGCAGAUUUGGGCUCUGUUCUCUAAUGAUCUGAGUAGGCUGGCAGGAAAAGACUGGGGGGCGAGCAGUUGGCUGUCCCAUACAUCUCAGAUACUUGUUAAUUUCAGAUGAUUUGAAACUUGAAAGAAGUUACAAAAGAAUCAGUGCGGCACGGGCUUACCCUGGAUCUGGUUUUCCUCUGCUGAUAAUAUUUUAGUUUAUUUUCAUCCAUCAAAACCAUUGUCUGCUUUGAGCCAUUUUCAAAACUGGACUUGGAUUUCACCAGUUUUCCUGCCUUGUACUCAUUUGCUCAUUGGACAUCACCGCUGUUGGUUCGUAACCUGGCCUUGGUGGCACACGGCAGGAAGGAGUCUAGAUAUUAUUCUACAAACAUUGAGAGAAACCAGCAAUUGGCAAGCCCAUUCACCAGUGAACAAUAUCCCACCUAUUUGCUGAAUUCACUUUCAAUUAAUGUUUAUCAUUGCUGGACCCAGAAUGUCCAUAGCCUUCCAUACCAAUUAUGUGAAAUGAUUAUUUCCUUAGUUGGCACCCCCAAACAAUCCAAGAACAACUUAAGAAGAUUAAUGAUAUAAAAGGCUUUCAGGCAGAAGGAAAUUCUAAACAGAAGCAUGGAACUUUUGUUGGUGACAAGGAGGCUUUAGGGUAAACCAGUACUUUGGUCAAGGAUUAAGUGAUACUUAUUGGAAGCAGAGAUAGUUUUUGGAUAAACUAUAACACAAAUAUAAACCCCUAAUGUGAGAUAACACACCCUUUCCAGAGUUGUGGGGAAGUCUCAUUUGCUUAAAUGUUCAUCCUUAAAUAUAGUAACAGCUACUGAAUUAAAUUCAAGCUUUCUAUGGAAAAGUUGAAACUCUAGUUUAAAGGAUCAUGACUUUGGGUUUUCUGUUGGACAUUUUUAAGCUGCCCUGCUUAAGGGCUAUAUGACAAUAACUGUCUGUGGCUUAUGAAGUUCCUAGCACACAAGUGAAUAUUUUGUGAAUUUUAUGUUUUCAGUGAAUAAAGUAUGGAAAAUUGUUAUGUAUCACAAGUGUGAAUUUUGGGAGAAGUGCUCUGUUAAAGCAUAAAAAGAAAAGGGAAAAAAGUGUCCUACAGCAUGUACCCCUUGUGUCUUGUGGUGGUGAAACCGAUUCAGACAGCAUGCAUGUUGGUUCUCACAGGGCUCCAGAUCAAAGGCGGAGAGUAGACCCUGGCUGCAAAUCUAGCUCUUUUGAACCGAGCUAUUGAUUUAGUUUCUCCUACAGACACCUUGCCAGUCACUUUACAGGCCUUGUGGGAGAACAGAUAUGAGUUCCAAGGCUGAUCGGCAAUCACAACUGUGUGUCAAGGAAACAUCUGUCGAGCGAAAGCACAGGCAGUCAAUAUCGGGGCAAACGUGUUUUCUUUAAAAGGAGGUUUGGAUAACGGGGAAAGCUGGGAGCUUUUCUGCAAACAUACCGAGGGUUUUCAGUCUACACUAGUCAUCUGAACCUUUCUUUGCUAUUCAAGGAUUCAGCUCUUCUUGCCUGAUGUCUGGUAACUGCUCCUGAGGACUGACUUUCCGCAGCAGUAUGGUGGACUCUCCUAUGAGGCGGCAACAUCUGGGCUUUAUCCAGCAGGCUGGGGUGGAUAAUGUGCCUUGUUAAGGGCUAAGCAGCAAAUGGAUUUAAUUUCUGCCUAAAACUAUCAUAGUCAUUCUAAAAUAGAAUGCACAAAACUCCUCUGUAUGGAAAAAGGAGCAGAACAUGAUGCCAACUGUGUAUUUUCUUUUCUUUAUUUAUUCUCUGUAAGUCUGUUGGAUGAUACAUUGUACAUAACAGAUUAAAGAGUCAUGCUACUGA